AUGAUGUUGAGGGAGUUAGAUAUCCCAAAGAUUUUACCUUCACAGCUUGCCCUGUUGUACAAAGAUUUCACUGAUGAGGAGAUAAGGAGAGCAAUGUUUAGCCUCAAUGGUGCAAAAACUCCGGGGCUAGAUAGUUUUUCGGCUGAGUUUUUUAAGAAACACUGGAAUACGGUGGGACAGAUAGUUACUCUUGCGGCCAAGAGGUUCUUGAAGACAGGUUUUCUUCUGAAAGAAUGGAAUCAUUCCAUUCUUUGUUUAGUUAACAGGUUGAAACAUGCUAUGCCGGACUUGAUCUCAAAUACUCAACAUGUGUUUCUUACUGGGAGACAAAUGACAGAUAAUAUUCUUUUGAGCCAUGAGGCCUAUGAGUUCCCUCCUCACUGGAUUCACAUGAUCCAUCAGUGCAUUUCUACAGUUUCAUACAGUGUUCUACUAAAUGGAGAUAUGUCUCAACAAUUCAAGCCCACAAGAGAAUUACGUCAGGAAGAUCCUUUAUCUUCUUAUUUAUUUCUUUUUUGUAUGAAUAUACUUUCAAGAAUGUUGGAUAUAGGUUAUGCUUUGAAGAUGUUUGAGGGCAUUAAACUACCAAGAAGAGGCCCCUCUAUUUCCCACUUAUUUUUUGAAGAUGACGCCCUUCUCUUUUUCAGGGCAACUAAAAGUUGUUGUCAAACUGUUACUAAUAUCUUACACAGGUUCUGCAAAGUUUCUGGAUAA